AUGGGAGAUGGUGAACAGGUCUGCUACCGCUACAGUGACCCUCCUGGCCUUGAGCAAUUUGAGACAGCCCUCUGGGACCCCUUACUGUUGUGGUUCACGAAAAGAUAUAAUGUACAGCUCAGUUCCACAUUGGGCCUGAAUUUGCUUGACAUACCAGACGACACGAAGAGAACGAUACAAAGGCAUCUCCUUACAUAUAAUGCUUGGGCUUUAGUUGGAAUUCUACACGCAGUAGAGGCACUGAAGUCUGUCGUCAUCUCGUUAGCUCUCAUAGACAAGUUCGUGUCCGUGGAGCAAGCAGUCUACUUCUCACGCCUGGAGUGUGAGUUCCAGAUUUCCAAGUGGGGCAACGUCGAGGAGGCUCACGACAUGGAGAAGACGGAGACGCAGGCGCGGGCGGCGGCGGCGACGCUGUUCGUGCACAUGUGCUCGGAGACGGAGCGGGCGCAGCACAAGUUGCAGCAGCCUCCACAGUAGACAGCGUACGGGUGCGCGCGCGUUCACCGAUCGACUUAUCCGCCCGAGCAAGAUAGUCAUGCUCCUCUCAGAUGUCGUCGCUAGGUCGAUCGAGCUAUAGCUGGUUGCGCAUUUUUUUUCGUGCGCGCACGCGAAAAUGUCAACCUUGGAGCACUUUGUUGCUAUGCAGUGUUUUUAUAAUGUUCUAUCACAAUGGUGAUUGGAACUUAGAUUUCCCUGUCACUCGCGCUCGGUUGAUAGGUAAAUUUUUUACUGUUCGAAGAAUAGUUUUUUUGCACUCCGUGGUCGUUUAACAAACGUUUUUAUUAUAAUUUCCAUACACGUGGGAGUUUAUAAUUCAGUAAACACUGACAUGACUAUUGACCAGUUGAUUAUUGCUGUGAUGAGGUAUAGUCAUGGGCCUUCAUGAAUUCUUUAGCUGUUAGUAAACAGAAAACAUGGUUUUAUAUUGUGCUAGUUGUUUAGCACAAGUUUAUUCCAUUGUGUGAUCCAUACUAUCAUUUGUGCUAUAUACAAGUGAAAACACGUAUAGCACAAGUAAUAGUUUGUAGGUGAAAUGAUCGUUGUGCUACUGUUGUAGUUUGGAAUCAGUUGAUAUCAGCCAUAAAUGUUUAUACCGCGUUUUAUUAUGAAACUUAAUUAAUGAUCAGUGUCUAUAGAAUGUACGUUAGGGUUUCGUGACUUGGAGAAUGACAAUGGAGACCAAAAUCCAAGUUGAUAUUUAUUACAGUGUGCAUUAUGCUUAUGUUUAUAAUAAAUUGGUGAAAUAUAUAUCUCA